AUGGCGCAUAUAAUUUUUGUUCCUGCACCUCGCGCGCCACUCGUGGUACGCUCGCCCUUUGGCCUUCGCACUUCGCGUGCGGACUGCUGUCCCCCGCGCUCGCCGCAGCCUUUUCCAGAACCCUCGUCGGGGGAGGCGCUCUCUCGUGCGGCGUGCAGCUUCUCUUCGUCCCGACUUGUUCGCAGGGCCGCUGCUUCUCUUCCCCGCGGCCGGCUGCCUGUUUUAGGAGGCGUGGUCCCCUCCAGGUUCGCUGCCGGUCUCGUCAGGAGCCCAAUUCCGUGUGAAGUUCGCGACUCUAGCAGGAUGUGUGCUCGUGGCGGGGCGACGGUGUCUGCGUGCCGCCUGCCUGGCACGGGGUUCCUCUCUCCCUCAUUCCUGCCUCGAGACGUCCCGCUCGCGGCGGCAACCCAGCGAACGGGCUCGAGUUCGAUCACCAGCACCGUGCGCGCCUCCGUCGCCACGCAUCGAAAGCACAAUGGUCUCGAAGACUGUUUUCCGUGCCUCGCGUCUUUGCGUCGGCGCGUCUCUAGCAGGGGGGGCGAAGGCCGCUCGUGCCUCCUUUUCCCUUCGCUGUGCGACGCCUCAGCCGCUGACGGCGACGACAGAGGCGGCUGCCGGUCUCACAUCGGACGCACGGCCGCCUGCAGUCGCCGGAGAGGACAAAGGCGCUUCGGUGCAUUCAUCUCGACCAGCGGAGGGGCAGACCCGCAGCCGAACCUCUGGCGCGUGCAUGCAUGCGGAGGGAGGGGCUUGCCGCCUUCUCUCUGGAGGCUCGAGGCGAGGCUGAGCGGCGUGGGCUGGACUGCCGCCGGCGCGCGCGAACUCGUGCGUGGCGCCGGACGCGCGCCGGUAUCGAGGGCUCCCGAGGGCGCGCGGUUCUUCUCCACGUUUAAGGGAGCUGCUGGUCACCAGAGAAGCAUGAAAGACCGCGUGUCGCGGCCGAGCCGCGCGGGCUUGGAGGCCCGCCCCAAGGGCUGCCUGAAGGCCCUUGGAGAACGCGAGCAACUGGACCUCGCGCUCGAGGACGAGGCUUCGUUUCAGGAGCUGCGGGACAUGUGGCUCACGGACAGGGGCAAGCGGCACGUAGGAGACGGGGAGUAUGCGGCCCCCAAAGGACGCGAACAUGCGAAGAACGGCGAGCGCGAUGUCCGAAUUUCUCAGAUGGCGGCCGUCGGCGACGACGGCGGCUGGCUCGAAGACGAGAGCCCUGCCUCUGCGGUGGGGCACGACUGGUUGGCUCGCCGACGGAGAAGCGCGUGCCACGCGUGUGGAAGCCACGAGCAAGCGGACGCGGUCCCUGGUAUGGCGCCUCCUCCCCGUCUUCAAGUUAUUGCCCGACUUCGGCGGCUUAUCGACGAAGCCCCGCACCGCCUGGCGUCUCUGCCGCCGUCUUCCGCUUCUUCGCUGUGCACGCAGACCUCGACGGGCGGCGCGACCCCGGACCCCUUUGGACACGCGGACGAGGAGUUGCUCUUGUCGGGGGAGCUAGGAGCGUGGCGGUGCGAGUGGACGGAGACGAACGACUUGGUAUGCCAGUUCGCAACGCGAAUGACCGCGAAAGAAAUCCUAGGCCUGCUCGCCCUGUAUACGAAGUUGAAAGCCUUGAAGCCACCAGAAGCCUCGUUGCCGCCAGCAGCGCUGCAGAACUUGUUCGACUCGAAGCGGGCUCUGUAUGCGCUCACGCAAGCGCUGCUGCGCAACGCUUCGCCCUCGACCAGUCCAGUCGGCGGGGCGACGACCAAGGCAGCACCCGCUGCGCUCGAAAGCUUGACGUCCACGCAGCUGGUCAUGGUGCUGCGCCAUCUCGUGGUCUUGGAAUUCCAUCAUCAGCUGCUUCUCCUCCAUAUUUUCCACCUCCUUCCUCGUCGCCUUCUUCUUCUCGCCCAGGAGGCGAGAGAGCACGACGCCCGCCAGAGGGGGCUCCUGCGCCCCGCUUUCCCCGACCUCAGUUUCGCGGGAACGCGGCCAGAGGGCGACCCUUCGGGCAGGGACGAAGACAAGGAUUCGGCGAAUAAACAACAAAACCAAAUUCGACAGCUUGCGUCGUUCAUUCCCUGGCAGAGGCCCGUGUCAUUCUCGCUUUACGGCAGCCCGCCUUCGGGCUCUGCCUCGACAGAUCCGGCUGCCGCUUCUUCGCAGUCUCCGCCUAUCGAAGACCCCUCCAACUGUCCGCCUUCACAGCGGAAGGAAGCUCUGCACAUGGUCGCGCUCACGUUUCUUGGCGGGAGCGUUGCUGAACUCGCUCGCACUUGCCCGUCCCUCUCCUUCUGGAACAACGAAAACACGCGGACGCUCGUGGCGAUCAUCGAGCAGCUGACAAUCCUCAACAUCGACGAGACCUCGCCGGUCCAGCUCACUGUGCUGGCGACGUCGGUCUGCGGUCUCCACACCGCGUCGAUUCGGUUUCUCAACGUGCUGGCGCGGCGCGCGUCCACGUUCUUGAACGACUUUACCUUUUCUCAGUUGACGCUGGUCGCCAACGCUCUCGCGCGGCUGCACUUUGCACACGGGGGCCUCGUCAAGAAAGUCGAAAUGAUGACAGCGAGCGCGCUGCGGCAGCGGCAGCCCGAAGGCGCGCCGUUCACCGGGGCGGGGCGCUUGCCGGCGGUCCGAGCCAAGAUCGUCACGGGUCAAAGGGAGCUCGGCGAGCCCGAAGAGGGUGGCGCUCUGGCACCAGCCUCGCCCGCUUCCGUGUCUUCGUCUCCCGCGUGCUUUGCAGACCUCCUCGCGGAGUGCGAUCCGCAGGGGUUGCGCUCGCUGUGGUACCGCAUCGCGCUUCGCGCCUCCACAGCGCUGCCGAAGACUGUGUGGAGGCAGCAGGAGUUUCUCGACUCCAGUGGCACGUGGAUCGACGCGAAUGAGAUGCUCGCUUUGGAGCGCGCAGAAGCUGCGGCGCCUUCUUCCGCCGCGUCUGCAGACUCGCCCGCUGGAGGGGCGAGUGCGGUAGCCCCCGCGGGGGGACAGUCGCAGGCGGACGCGCUUGGCAGCGGACGGGGAGGCCGGUUUUUGCCGGCAAGCUGCCUGGACUUGUUCAAGUCGGCGGAGAUCAGUUACGACUUAGCCACUAGCUCGGACGUCGUCGCGUACUUUGAUCCAGCGGUGCGAGGCGGCACUUGGAAGCGGCUCUUCUUCCCCUCUUCGGCGUCGCUCACUGCGCCACCUGGCUUGCCAGGCCCUCCUCAGCGAACGCAGCUGCACGCAGCGGGCGGUGUCGAGGACUCGAAAGACGAACUCGAGGAGACGUUUUCUCUGGCGCAGCUUCCUCCGCCCCCCUCGCGUCCGGCUUACGGAGACGAGGCAGGUGAAGGCGUCCGCUCUUUCAAGCCGCUGCGCAACGACGAGAUUCGCCAGCUCGUUAACCUCCUCAACUCGUUUGCGCGGGUGGUCGCCGCCGAACUGGUGCCUCUCGAUGACCGCGACAUCACAGGCGAACUGACGGACACGCUGGCCCCCUGGGCGACGCGAAAGAACACUUCCAAGUCUGCAGCGAGUCGUCCCGACGACGACCUCUCGGCCGGUCUGCGCCGCGGCGCCGAGCGUGAGGGCGUCGCUUCCUCUGCAUCUGCGUCGGCUUCCGCCUCCGCAGCUUCUGCCUCUGCGGCUUCCCCCGGUUCGUCUCCUUCCAGCGACCUUGAGCACGAUGUCGUGGACUGGUCGAACGUGCGGAAAGUGUGUGCGGCGAUGGUAAACGCCGGGGUCGACACAGGAGCUGCGCAAGUGGACAAUCCCGUUUUUCUGCUCUUCACUCGCGCAAUCGCUGAACUCAUCGCCAGACAGGAGCAUAUGACCCCGCAGGGGAUCACGAGCUUCAUGAACGCCUACAGCAAAGUCAGGCUCAAGGGGCACGGGCGUUUCUUCUUUCAGCUGAAACCCCGCAUUCUGAAGCUGCUUCCUGAGUUCGAGUCUCACCAAAUCAGCAUGGCGCUGAAUGCAUUCUCUUACUUUCGCUUCGAUGACAGAGAGGUUGUCCGGGGCCUCGUCAAUGAGUUCAUGCAUCGCCGUCAUCAAGGUGCCUCGAGUAUCGCCGUCUCCAGUGUCAUUCUCUCGCUGGCUGCGUUGGGUGUGCGAGAGGAGUCUGUUAUCCGGGUCAUGACUGAGACCAACUGGAUAACGAACGCGCUGCUGUUCGACAGCCUUUCCUCGCAAGGAUUGACGACGCUGCUCUUCUCGCUCGUCUGUCAGGACGCAGUCUACGAAGCGUCGGUUGGUUCAGCAGGCCUGCUGAACAAGGUCUUGACGCGCCUGUACGAGUCUCCCUUGAAGCGCCACGGCGAAGCGAUGUUAACGACGUGCGCACGGGCGAUUUUUCCGUGCUCGGCGCUGACGAUUCAGGACCACCUGCGUGCCGUCGAGAACGCGCGCAAGCACCGUCUCACAGGAGUGGACAUGAGCUCCUACAUCCGUCCCGAGUUCGCAAAAAAGUGGAUCGCUACAGGCACUCAGAAAGCCGGCGGUAAAACCCUCGCCUGGGCGGUGCGGCCUCCGCCGGAGGUCCUCCAGACGCCCCCCAAAGAGUGGUCGACGGGCCUCAAGUUCUUGGCUGACCAACUGUUCAACAAAGGCCGCACAACUGCCCGAGCCAAGAUCGUGCCCUCCGGACUUCACUUCCAAGUAGCAGCUGUCGCGCAUCUGCUCGGCUACCGCGUCCUCAAUGAAAUCUCCGUCUUUCCGUACUCGAUCGACAUUGUCGUUUUGCCGGACGCCGACGCCCUUGACUUUCUGGACGUCUCCCGAAAGAAGACCAUUCACGCAAGGGCGCACCAGCAAGAUGGCGUAGCCGAACGUUGUGUGGGCGCCUAUGACAUGCAACAGACCGAGGAGCUCCAUCGCCUAACAAGACUAGGUGUGCAGAGCGACGGAGCAUCAACGCGCAUGAACCAGGUCAUGAAAUUUCGGUUCAGAGGCUACGGCAAAGGCAGUCAUGAGUAG